UCAUUGCACACAUGUCUCCUAGCCUGCUGGGGCAACACAGUCUGUCCUGGUUGCCUCAAACUGUGCAUUUUCUGAGGAAAUUUUUGAAUCACCUUUAUUAAAAAAAAAAAGUGGGGAGAACAAAUAGUCACUGUUUCCCAGACUGCUGUUCACACUCUCUCUGGUGGUCUGUCACAGGGAAAGCAAUGGCAUCGGUACCUUCUAUUGGUUGCCUUCUGGCCAAAAAUCAGUAUUAUCGAAAGGCCAGUAUUUCUUCAGUUAGCUCUCUAACUGGUUCUGACUCUGUUAAUUUCAUAGAUGAGGACAAAUCCCUGCAAGGGUUACCCGAAGCGGCAGAAUCCACUUGGUGGAUUAGAUCCUUUUUUCAUUCUGAACCCUUGCUUUCUAAUGUAAGAAAAGAUCUGUCUACUAGUGGCACUAAUUGUUGAGCCUAACAAUCAAAAUGACGACACCUGCAGAAGUGCUAAAAAUGUGAACUACACUUUUCAACACUCAAGCUAUUCCAGAUGACUCUUCUCCAUUUAAGAAGACAAAACCUGCCCGAGAUCUUAUUUACUAGACAAGAUCACAACAGCCACCCACAAAAGUUUAGGCAUUUUGUUCAACGCUAAGACUAUUGCUGUAAAUGGCAUCAGCUUCAUGGAGAAUAUUAGUAAAGCAUGUUUUGAAAAACAUGUGCCCUUUUAAAGUAAUGAGUCUUCAAAUGUAGUAACUUUUUCAUUAUCCAUAUUAUAUCUCCAAAAAUAUUUUUAAAUUAAUUUUUUUAAUUUUCAAAAUUCUUGUUAGGCUUGCUUUAUGUCUGUUAAAUGAUUUAUUAUGCCAUAAAACUGAAACAUUUAUGUGUAACAUAAUGGUUUAAAGAAAGAGCAUUGGAUUCAAAUGUAAAAAAGUUGCAAAAUUUUUAUUUUUAAUAAUGAACAUUGGAAAUAGCAAACAUUCCCAUUACCUGUUAAAUACAUUAUUGUACAUCUAAUGAAUUGGUUAUUGUGUAGACUUGAAAAUUCAUGAUUUUAAACAAUAUUUAACAGCACAGAAAAUUAUAAUGAUGCAAAGUUCAGUGAGAAAGGCAGGAUAAUCUAAUUAUGUUGUGAUUUUAGUUAUAUUGAAAAGUAUACAUGCAUAAGACUAUACCAAAAGCGAAUACAACAUAAUAGUAACAAUGGCUAUUUCUGGAGAUGGGAUUGUGGGUGGUUUUCAUUUUCUUCUUUAUAUUUUAUUCUGUAUCUUCUCAAACUUUUUAAUGCAACAAAUUUUUGUGUAUAAUUAGAGAAUACUUAAAUUUAUUAAAAAAAGAGCA